AUGAAAAUUUGGUCAACAAAGAAUAAAAAUUAUCUUAUUGCUUCAAAACGUGUUGAAUAUGAUUUACCUCCAAAAUUUAUUGCUAAAACUGAUUUAUCAUUUAAAAUUGAUGAAUCUAUUGUCGGUCGAGAUGAAACUCAAGAGUUGUAUAAUCAAAUGAAGCAAAUUACCAAAGAUUAUCGUAUUAAAGCUAUGACUCUUUAUGUUCAAGCAUUGAUUCGUGAACAAGAAUUAUUAUCAAUAGAAAUCAAACGAAUGAUUGAAGGUUUUCCACAUGAUAAUGAUGAUGGAUUCGAUGCUGCACCUCGUCUAGCUGCCUUCAAACAAUGCCAUGAAUUACGAGAGAAACGAAUGAAUUUAGAAGCUGAACUGUCGAUUUAUUUUUAA